CUAAUAUAAGAAACGAAUAUUAGCAAGUGUUGGCCUAAAACUCUAUAAACGUGUUGUCUCACAAUAGCGUUGUGGGAUUAGCAAUGAUUAUCGUAAAUCCAAUGACGUCUUGAUAGAAGAAUAUGACCAGAGAGACAAGUAGAUGGAUCCAAUUGUUUUUAAGAACCUACAUGGAUUGUUUUAAUUAAGAGCAUGCCAUUUGAAAAGAUGGAUGAUUAAAUCUUCUAGGAGCUUAGUUUCAACACCACAAGUAAUAGGAGAAACAGGGUAUCUGAACGGAUAGAAGUACACUACCUUAGUAUAUGGCACCCAUUUGAAACAUCUGAUUUCAAAUAUGAUAAAUUAAAUUAAUUUAUAAUUUAAUUCUGUUACAUUUCGUGUUACACCUUUAGGUGUGUACCUACUUCUUAUAACCUACUUCCACUUCACGAAGGGACUACCGCGUUACAGCAUGGACCUCAAAGAAUGAAUACAUUCAUUUGUUUUCUUACAAAAUCGCAACACUUAAUCAUCAAAACAGCUCUUGCAACAAGAGGACUAUUAGAACAAAGGCGAGGAAAUUAUUCACUGAAAUUAUUUUCUGAAUAUGUAGAUUUUUAGUCUUGUGCAUAUCAAUUCGCGCAAAAGGUAGACAGUAGAUCCAAGUUUAAAGUUCGAAGGAGUAAAAUAUAUUCACGGGAAUACAUUAAUGAGAUGUAUCACAGAUAUUCCUCCGUGUUGUGACGCGAGUGUCCGUUGUGUAGCAUUACAGGUGCGCGAGUUGCUGGUGUGUACUUCAGUUCAGGUACUCGGACAGAGUUGCAUUCGUUCAGUUUGAAGACGGGAACUGACUCGGAUACACCAAACAUAGAUCAACGCGAUUCAACGGUCACCGCAUUCAUUGAUAUUGUUGACUAGAUGACGAUACAGACUGAAAGAUCGAAUUCCAGGAAAUCAAAAAUAUGCUGGAGAUUACCUUAUAAAUUGCAUCGCUGGCGCAAUUCAUUUUUGUCCUGUUAAGACUUCGCAUAUUGCAACACGUUAAAGUGAGGAUUGAAUACAAUACGAGAAACAAAAACCUAGAUAUUUCAACCUGGUAUUAUCACCAUGGCAGCAGAAGGUGCCAGUGUGGUCGGGAACAUAGCAACGACGAAUGGUACCAUAACAACGGAGACAAUUGGUGGUAUGGGCAAGAACGCCACGAUGGACUAUGAUUAUUUCGAUAUUGGAUGGAGGGCACAAUACAUACUGAGUCAACCUGAUCACAGCAUUGGACUCGUUCUAUCAAUUGUUUCCAUAUUGGCCAACAUUGGCUCACUCUUGGCAGUGGGGCAUCUGAGAGGGGGACUUACUGCCCAUAGGCGCUUUCUUAUUAGCUUAAUAGUUUCGGACAUAUUUGUUGGGUUGGUCGUCCUUGUUACCAUUAUCAACUUCAUAACCAACCCUCUACCCCUACCAAAAUUUCAAGGGGACGUAGGAGCCCGUAAUGCAGCUGAAUGUGCCAGAUGGUUCAUCAAAGGACUUCAUCGGUCCUCGCAUAUUAUCAGUCUUCUCAAUUUGCUUGCUAUGACUCUUGACCAUUAUAUUGCAAUAGUUAGACCACUACGUUACCCAUCGAUAGUCAAUAGCAAAAGAACGCUCAUAUCAAUUAUUGCACUAUGGACUAUCUCGUUCAUAUUGGGAUUCUCGGAAGUCUUCGCUGGCAUUGGAGUAAAACUUGAACACAUCACGUAUUGCGAAUUUAUCACGUAUUUCUCCGGCUACGAUUCUAUCUUUAUAGUUUUCGCCAUAGCUGUUUUAUGCUUUAUAACGAUGGCGUUCGUUUACGCUGUCAUUUACAAAAUUGUGCGACAUCACGUCUCAAUAGAAAUGGCGGAUAACCGAAAGGCUGUUGUGACAACGCUACUGAUUAUAGGGACAUUCGCUAUAUGUUUCUUACCAGAGACGAUCUUCCAAAUAGUGAUGCUAAUCAUAAAGCGCCAUGAUCCAAAUUUUGUCAGGAUGCAUCACAAAUUGUUUAUAACUCUUCUCAAAGUGAAUAACUAUUUGUAUCUUCUUAUGUUACUGAACUGUUUGUGUGAUGCCAUCAUUUACGCAGCUAGGAUGCGUGACGUCAGGAAUGGUUAUUCCCGGAUGAUCGAAAGAUGGUGUCCUUGUUGUAUGCGCUUGAGAGGAGCAAGGGGAGAAGAAUACAACUCUUAUACGAACGGAAGUAGUAGUCGAAAAACGCAGCAUUCUCAAUAUACAGUGACUGAAGAAAUCGACAUGCAAACAACGCGUAUGCUAUAAAAUAACGAACACAAUCUGAAAAAUAUGAAAGCAGCUUCUUCCAGCUAUUAUAGAUUAAAACUUCCAUAUUAUAGUAUUGCAGCUCUGUAAAGACAUUUUCAUUUUACUAUGAAAUACAUUUAUUACGUCUAUAACACUGUCUUUUUUGAUAUGCUAAAUACACGCUCAAAACGUCUUGAUUCUGUUGACUAAAGGUCCCAUGUCUUUCUUUGUAAUUUUCUUUGAUGUCUAACAUUAACAUGAAAUAAACUAUACUGUAGACCUAUGAUAUUUUUACAAAGAAAUUAUUUAAGACUUCCAGACUUGCUAUAUCAUUCCUUCAAAAUAAUAAGUGCGGAAGACAAAACACUGAAAUAUUUGAUUUCGAUGUACGACUAAGGCCCCUGCCCCUACCCGUACACAAAUCACCGAAUGAUAGUUAGUUUGACAGUGCAUGACUGUGUACAUGAGGAAUUUGAUGGGGAAUUUCGAGGGAAUUUCCUGGGGAAUUCUGGGGGAAUUCCUCUUCUUUGUUACUCCAGAGACGUGACAGUUUGCCAAAGUACACGAAGGCUACG